CUCCCGAGGUGCCUUCCCACCCUCAUUGUCUGCGGUUCAUUCAAAUCUACCCGCCCCCCCUGAACUCUCCUUCCCCGGGCCGCCAGGCCCCCUCUCCUUCCCCGGGCCGCCAGGCCGGCCUGUUUGCUGCAGCUCGGUGCCCCCGCCCGGGGCUCGUCCGCAGCUCACUCCAGGGCCCUUGCGUUUGCUGCCACUCCUGUGCGCCGGGUCCCGCUCCUGGGGUCCUUACCCCGGGGAGCCCCCCCUGCCGCCCGCCCCGCCCCGCCCCGCGCCGCGCCGCGCUCCGGGCAGAGCCCGCGGCCCCCGGGGCCCAGCUUCCCGGCGCUGGCGCGGCUCGGACCAAACCCUCGCGCCGAGGCACACGCCGCCUGCCGCGCUCCCGGCCGGAGCCGCUGCGCUGCCGCCGCCCCGCCAGGCAUCCCUCAGAAAACUCCAGCUCUUCGUUUUCAGUGGAUUUUGACUACAGAAAAAUAGUAGAGCAAUUCUUCCGCUGCAGAGAACUCGGAAACACCACAGAAAGCUGGAUAAUGAUGAAUCACUUUGAGCUUCAGACACUGCUCCUCUGUGUAACAGCUUGCUUCUGUAUAUAUCACACUAAAGAAUCCCGUGUAUUUCCAGUGACGUUCCUUAAUGUUUCCAAGAAUUCGACUUUGCAACGUUUGCUGGUAGAAUGGGAUGUUAGUGACUCAGCACAUGAGUCUGAACAAGAGAUGGUAUUUGAAAUUCAAGUCAGUCAAACAGAAGAAAAGAAUGUUGUUUGGAUUGAGUAUUACAACACAACCCUCAGUAAAUUAACUAAACCUCUGUUUUGGAGCUGGGAUUCAGAGUUACCUUUGGAAUGUGCAUCUCACUCGGUCAGAAUCAGGAGCAAGGUUGCUGAAGUCUGGAGUCCCUGGAGUUCGUGGGAGACUGUACUGGGCCUAGAUACUUCAGAUGCUGACAAACCACUCAUCUUUCCAGAAGACAAAGUUGUACAGGAAGGAUCCAAUUUUACUUUUUGUUGCAUUGGAGGCAAAAAUCAAAAGGUUGAGAAAAUAAUGAUCAACACUAGGUCCCUGGACUCAACGCCAAAACGAACCAUCGUGAGGACUAUAAAUGAGGUGUCACUUGGAGCAGCAGGCGGUCAGGCAAUCUUAUGUACUUUCAAUGGUAGUGGAUACGAAAAAUACAUUGGAACACUUUUCCAUGUGGGCAGACUACCUGAUGAACCUAAAAACGUUUCUUGUGAAACCCGAGACAUGAAAACAGCAAAAUGCACUUGGAAUUCAGGAAACAAUGUCUAUAUCUGUGGGAAAUAUUUAGCACAAUACAAGUUGUUUGACUGGUUUUCCCAAAAAACCCUUUGCUCUGAAAUACAAGUAUCUCGUUCCGAGGAGUGGUGUGUUUGUUCCUGGGAUAUACACCAGCAGAUGACAUACAACUUCACUCUGACUGCUGAAAACAAAUUAGGAAAGAAAAGUGUAAAUUUUAACUUUGAUGUAGCUCACAGAGUUUACCCCUUCCAGCCCUCUGACUUCUGGGAAGAAUAUGUAAGUGCCUCACAAGUGAAAUUAUAUUGGACUAUGGAACCAAGGGACAAGGCAAUUGAGCUAAUUUGUCAGAUUGAAGAUAACCAUCCUGAUGGGAAAGUGGAAUGGCACAACAGUUCAGUUGUUCACUCAAACACGUAUGCAAACAUCAUGAUCAGCGGAUUGCAGCCUUACACCAUUCAUAAGUUUCAAAUUCGGUGCGGUGCAGCAAAGCAUUUUUGGAAGUGGAGUGAGUGGAGCAAAGAUCUAACAAUCACAACGAAGGAAGCAGCUCCCUCAGGAAAACUUGACCUCUGGAGAGACAUUACCCCGGUGAUGGGAGGACGGAACGUCACCUUAUUCUGGAAGCAAUUACCAGGUUUUCAAGCUAAUGGAAGAAAUAUUUCAUACGAAAUAACCUGGGAAAACUUAGAGGAAGCAACUGAGCCUGAACACAUCUCCAUUUCUGCACCACAUAAUAGCACAAGGAUUUGCAUUGGUUACCAUUCCUACAGAAUCAGCAUAACAGCAAAGAACCAUAUUAAUUCUUCAUCUCCCUCAGAGAUCAUCAUCUCUGGAGCUACUGAUAAUGAUGCUGAAGAAAAGAUCAAUGGUACAGACAAGGAGGAAAGGGUUGAGGGCACAGACCACGGAAUUUGGAUUCAUUGGCAGCCCAGAAACACAUUUGAUGGCUAUAUUGUUGAUUGGUGCAACUUUCCGAACUCCCAGCCCUGUGACUUCCAGUGGAAGAGAUCUGGUUUCAACACCUCCGGGGUUCUUAUCGACGCAGUUGCUUUUGUGCCUGGGGUGAGAUACCACUUCAGAGUGUUUGGAUCUGUAGCUAAUAAAGCUUCUUUAUUGGAGAAGAAGGCUGGAUACAGCAAAGAGCUGCCUCCUAGUGACCCUGAUGUGAAAAUAAUUGGCCUGAUUCCCUACUCAGUGAGUCUAGCCUGGGAUUCAUAUCGCACAGAUGGGACACAGCCUGGUUUUAUAAGAGGUUACAAUAUUUAUGUCAAAAGUCUGCCAGGAUGCAAUUUGAAGGGGUCCACAAAAUACAUGGCUCCAGAUGGGUUGGUCUGGUGCAAAUACACAAUCAAAAAUCCAGAAGAGAAGAGGUUCAUUGUGGAACACUUGGUGCCCAACACAGCAUACCAGCUGGCUGUUAAAGCUGUCACAGGCGGAGGAGAGACCCCCAUCACUCAGACUUUGAACAUAAAUGCGUUGGAUGACUCAAAUAAGAUAUAUCUUCCACUUGUGCUGGGGAUCAUUCCUUUUGUGCUGAUAACCGCCAUUUGCUUCUGGAAACACAAAUGGGUGAAGGAUUAUUGCUCUCAAAUUCCCAGUCCUGACAGAAAAGUGCUCUCUUUUGAUGGAUUUAAGGUGGCUUCUGAAACAGAAUUGAAAGUAAGUGACUGCAUUCCUGAUGCUGUAACAUUGGAGAGCAAGUCAGAAGCCAAGAAAUUAGAUCUGUGGAGCCAGAGGAGUAUGCUAGAAGAAAGGAAGACUGCCAUUACUGAUUCUUCUUGGCUUCCCCUUGUUCCAAAUGAAGACAGAGAUUUUACAUGCUCAUCCUCUGAUUCAGAAGCUGGCAUUUGGCAUUUAAAAAACCCUGUCUACUCAUCCAGUGCUGCACAUGAUUCCAUGCCUUAUCAGAACCUGCAUAUGUUACAUACGAGUGAGCCACAACCUCUUCCAUUAUUAUACCAGCCACAGCAUGACAUUGAGAUCAUGAAUAAAGACACUGUCGUGUCACGAAGAGAAACUAUGAUUGGAGACACCAGCUUGGUAUAUAUUUCACAAAUGGACGUGCCUUGCUCUGGGACUAGAUUAAAUGACUUGUAUUGUUCCACUGAGCCUGGUGAAUGUUUAGGUUACAACCUGAGUUCAGACCUGGUUACAUCUAUAUCUGAUGGAGACCUUGAGCAGUAUAGCCCUACCUCCACCAGUACAACCGGGACAUUGCUUCCAGACUAGCAUUAAACCUUGAUAAAUAUAUGUAUAGUGCAAUGAUCUGUAUGGUGCAGUUUGAUCAGAAGUAAUGGGCAUCUAGCAUAAAUUAGAUAAUAAAGGUUUAUCACCUAUAUUAUAUAGGGGAUCAGAUCAUGGUUGCCACUUCUGGCAUUAGAGAGGCACCAUAGUUUAGAUGAGCUUAUAAAGUCCAAAAACUAAUACAGAGAACUUAAACCACUUUCAUAAUUAGCUAGGAGCACACUACAUAUCAUAUUCCCCAUGUACUUGGUCCAAUUCUUGAAGUGUAAAUAGAAAGCAUGUAUCAGGAACCUUAGCACAGACCACUCAACUUUUAAUUUCCUAUGUUUUGUUGUUUGAAUCUAUGCAUUUUGUUUAUUUUUCUAGAAAAUAAAAAAUUCUGUGGAAAGCCAA